GCAGCCACAGGAGAACCUCUGGGGAGUGUGAUGCUGAAGGGGACUGAGCGAAGGGCACAGGCCUGCCCUGCCACAGACCACACUAGCCUCAUCACUCUCCUGGGCUCCUGGGCCCCCAGACCUGGCACAACAGGGCCUCCUGAGGGGGCUGAGUGGUGAAAGAAGGAAAGCAGUGGGGUGGGUGUGACUGGAGAGAGGGAAGAGAAACAGAGGCUGUAAGGGAGAGACUCAGAGAGUGCCUGAGACCAGAGAGGUAAAGACUGAUGAAGGGAGGGGUUGGGGUGCCCUAGACUAGGGAGAUAGAGGUGGGGGCCAGGCGCUGUGGAAAGGGAAAACAGGAAGAGCAGGAGACAGGUGGAAAGAGAGACAAAGAAAAGAGAGGCACGUAGGAGAGGGGCCCAGAGAGAGGCAGACGCAGGGGCAGGCAGUGGGUGCUCUGGGACCACAGGCAGAGGCCCGGAUGGCCCUAGGAACCCCCGUCACGGCGCCCCUGGUCUUCGUGGGGCUGCUGACCGCAGGCCUGGCCCAGUCACCCAGCCCUGCUUUGGCCCCCAGAGGCUUCUGGGGUCUGCCUGAAAACAUGACGGUGGUGGAGGGGGCCGCUGCCACAUUGCGGUGUGGGGUCCGCGCCCCAGGCAGUGUGGUGCAAUGGGCCAAAGAUGGGCUCCUCCUGGGCCCCGAUCCUAGGAUCCCAAGCUUCCCGAGAUACCGCCUAGAAGGGGACCCUGCUAAAGGUGAGUUCCACCUGCGCAUUGAAGCGUGUGACCUCAGCGACGAUGCCGAGUACGAGUGCCAGGUCGGCCGUUCUGAGACAGGCCCCGAGCUCGUGUCUCCCAGAGUGCUCCUCUCCGUCCUGGUGCCCCCCAAGGUGCUUCAGCUGACCCCCGAGGCUGGGAGCACCGUCACCUGGGUGGCCGGACAGGAGUACGAAGUCAGCUGUGUGUCCGGGGAUGCCAAGCCAGCACCGGACAUCAUCUUUCUCCAGAGUGGACAAGAAGUUUCUGACAUUUCUACUAAUGUGAAUGAGGGGUCCCAGGAGAAACUCUUCACCACAGAGGCCACAGCCAGGGUGACACCCCAGAGCUCGGAUAAUGGGCAGUUACUGAUCUGUGAGGGGUCCAGCCCCGCUCUGGACAGCCCCAUCCAGGUCUCACUCACCAUGAAUAUUCUGUUCCCCCCAGGCCCUCCUGUCAUCGAGUGGCCAGGCCUGGAUGAGGGGCAUGUGCGGGCAGGGCAGAGCCUGGAGCUCCUGUGCACGGCCCGAGGUGGGAACCCGCCAGCCACACUGCAGUGGCUGAAGAAUGGCCAGCCAGUGUCCACAGCAUGGGGCACGGAGCACGCUCAGGCCGUGGCCCGCAGCCUGCUGGUGAUGGUGGUGCGGCCGGAAGACCAUGGGGUGAGGCUCAGCUGUGAGGCCCAUAACAGCGUGUCUACAGCGGCCCAGGAGCGCGGGGUCACACUGCAGGUCACCUUUCCCCCCAGCGCCAUUACCAUCCUGGGGUCCCCAUCCCAGUCCGAGAACAAGAACGUGACGCUGUCCUGCAUCACCAAGUCCAGCCGCCCACGGGCCCUGCUGCGGUGGUGGCUGGGCCCGCGGCCGCUGCUGCCCACGGAGGAGACGGUCAUGGAGGGCCUGCAUGGGGGCCACAUCUCCAUGUCCAACCUGACGUUCCUGGCACGACGUGAGGACAACGGUCUGAUGCUCACGUGCGAGGCCUUCAGUGAGGCCUUCACCAAGGAGACCUUCAAGAAGUCACUCACCCUGAACGUGAAAUAUCCUGCCCAGAAGCUGUGGAUCGAGGGGUCCCCGGAGGGGCAGCAGAUCCGGGCUGGGACCCGGGUGAGGCUGGUGUGUUUGGCCAUCGGAGGCAACCCGGACCCCUCCCUCACCUGGUACAAGGACUCGCGCACGGUGUCCGAACCGCGGCAGCCCCAGGAGCCGCGACGGGUGCAGCUGGGCAGCCUGGAGAAAUCGGGGAGCACCUUCUCCCGCGAGCUGGUGCUGAUCACGGGCCCGUCGGACAACCUGGCCAAGUUCACGUGCAAGGCCGGCCAGCUCAGCGCAUCCACGCAGCUGGUGGUGCAAUUCCCCCCGACCAACUUGACCAUCCUGGCCAAUGCGUCCGAGCUCCGCCCCGGGGACGCCUUGAACUUGACUUGCGUCAGCAUCAGCAGUAACCCUCCCGUCAAUCUGUCUUGGGACAAGGAGGGGGAGAGGCUGGAAGAUGUGGCCACCGCCCGGCCCCGGACUGCCCCGUUCAAAGGCUCAUCUGCCGCCAGGACAGUCCUUCUGAGACUGACAUCCCGUGACCACGGCCACGGUGUGACCUGCAGGGCCCACAGCGCCACGCUCAGGGAGACCGUGAGCGCCUUCUACCGCCUCAACGUUCUGUACCCUCCAGAGUUUCUGGGGGAGCAGGUGCUUGUGGUGACCGCGGUGGAACAAGGCGAGGCCCUGCUGCCGGUGUCCGUGUCUGCCAACCCCACCCCCGAGGCCUUCAACUGGACCUUCCGCGGUUACCGACUCAGCCCAGCUGGCGGCCCCCGGCACCGCAUCCUGUCUGGGGGAGCUCUGCAGCUGUGGAACGUGACCCGCGCAGAUGGUGGCCUCUACCAGCUCCACUGCCAGAACUCGGAGGGCACUGCGGAGGCGCUCGUGCGGCUGGAUGUGCACUAUGCUCCCAUCAUCCGGACUCUCCAGGACCCCACAGAGGUGAAUGUUGGGGGCUCUGUGGACAUAGUCUGCACUGUGGAUGCCAAUCCUGUCCUUCCAGAGAUGUUCAGCUGGGAGAGGCUGGGAGAAGAGGAGGAAGACCAGAACUUUGAUGAUGCAGAAAAAGUGUCAAAGGGAUCCACUGGGCGUCUGCGAUUCCGCCAUGCCAAGCUAGAGCAGGCUGGUGCCUACCAGUGCAUCGUGGACAAUGGAGUGGCACCUCCAGCCCGAGGCCUUGUCCGUCUUGUUGUCAGAUUUGCCCCCCAGGUAGAGCACCCCACUCCCCUAACUAAGGUGGCUGCAGCUGGAGAUAGUACCAGUUCUGCCACCCUCCACUGUCGUGCCCGAGGUGUCCCCAACAUUGUCUUCACUUGGACCAAAAACGGGGUUCCUCUGGAUCUCCAGGAUCCCAGGUACACGGAACACACGUACCACCAGGGGGUCGUCCACAGCAGUCUCCUGACCAUUGCCAAUGUGUCUGCAGCCCAGGACUACGCCCUCUUCACGUGCACGGCCACCAACCCCCUCGGUUCAGACCACACCAAUAUUCAACUCGUCAGCAUCAGCCGCCCUGAUCCUCCAUUGGGAUUAAAGGUCGUGAGUGUGACCCCCUACUCGGUGGGGCUGGAGUGGAAGCCUGGCUUUGAUGGGGGCUUGCCACAGAAAUUCCAAGUCAGGUAUGAGGCCCUGGGGAUGCCAGGCUUCUUCUACAUGGACGUCCUGCCACCUGAGGCCACCACAUUCACACUGACUGGGCUGCAGCCAUCUACCCGGUAUAGGAUCUGGCUCCUGGCCAGCAACGCACUCGGGGAGAGCGGACUAGAUAGCAAGGGGUCCCAGACCACUAUCACCACCCCAGGUCUAGAUCAACCUUCUGGAGAACCUGAUGGUCAACCACCUACAGAGCCGCCUGAAGGACCCUCAAAGCUGCCCCUGCUGCCUGUGCUGUUUGCUGUUGGGGGUCUUCUACUGCUCUCUAAUGCCUCCUGUGUUGGGGGCUACCUCUGGCAGCGCAGAAUGAGGCGUCUUGCUGAGGGCAUCUCAGAGAAGACAGAGGCAGGGUCAGAGGAGUACCGAAUCAGGAAUGAAUAUGAGGGGAGCCAGUGGACUGGGGACCGGGACACUCGGAGCUCCACGGUUAGCACUACAGAUGUAGAGCCAUAUUACCACUCCAUGAAGGAUUUUGGCCGCCAGCUACCCCCCACACUGGAGGAGGAGUCUUAUGCUCGAGGUUUCACAGGUCUUGAAGUAGAGAAUAUGGUCUUUCCUGAGCACCUGUACGAUGAGGUGGAAAGAUUGUACCCCCCGCCUGGAGCCUGGGGAUCCCUCUACGAUGAAGUUCAGAUGGGACCCGGGGACCAUCACUGGUCUGAGGACAUGUAUGAAGAUCCAAGAAGAAUCUAUGAUCAGGUGGCCAGGGACUUGGCCCCUAUGGAACCUGAUUCUCUACCCUUUGAGCUGAGGGGACAUCUGGUGUGAAAUGUCUCAACACCCUCUGCCUAUACCUGUUAUGUCCCGCAACAUAUCACAGUGGUCAUCUUCACUCCGGCCUGGGCUGAGCUUGCUGAGGGAACUUCAUAAGAUACAAAGAGACUGGACUUUUUCAAGGGAGGACAUAGCAGGGUGUGUGUAAGUGCCAGAAGCUGAUUGCAGCUGGCGUGAAGGUAAACAAGACUCUUCCUAGCUUUGGCUUUGGAAACUAAACUCCUCCAAAGGAAUACAGCGAUGUGAAAAGGACAUAGCCAAAACAAUAAGGCUGUGCUGAGGGUCUUUAUGCUUUUGAAGUAAAAUUUUCAAAAGUGUGAAAAGACGUUUUAAAAACUCAGUUCAUUUUGAGUUCAAUGGCAACUGAAAGAGGUGGUAAUAAGUGAAAUUAAGAACUGUUGGUAUAUCCCACUUGUUUUACUGUUUUCCACAGUUUUCUAAAACAUGAUGUAUAAACCGUGAUACUCAUGGAAACAUAAACAUCUAUUUCUGUAGAAAAUAAAAUAGACUGUCAAAACCAGCUAGAGACAAAAGAACACGUAUGUAUGAUUUCUUGUACAGACACUCUCAAGCAGGAAAGGUAAUCUGGUGACAGCAGACCAAGGGGUGUUUGGGACCAUGAGAAAGGAGUUUAUUGCAAAAUGUAUGAGGGAACUUGGGGGCUGAUGGAAAUGCGCUUUAUCAUGACUGUGGUGAUGGUUACAUGGGUCUGUGGAUUUGUCAAAAGUCAUCAACCUGUGCAUUUAACAGGAGUGCAUUUUACGUACAUAAAUUAUACCUCAACUAAGGUGAUUUUAAAAACAAAUUCCAAAGUAAAGCCGCCCAGCAAGAGAAUUCUUAUUCUUUAUAUUGAAGAGCAGGAAAAGCAAACUGAGAAAUCCGUCUGUUUCCCUGAUGAACAAGGUAUAGUUAAGUGUAAUCUUUCUUGAGGCCUCCACUUUUAUUUGA